AACAAGUUUUUCUUUCUCUUUUUUCCCUGAAUAGGAAGAAAGACGCCUGAGACAGCAGCCGAGGAAGACUGUGAAGACAGUCCAGUAUAGCUGUUAUGAACAGUGUUGCUGCUAGGCUUGUUGGGCAGAGCAUCUGAAAUGAACUUCUCUUACUGAUUGUUUUUACUGGCCCAGAGCCAGGUGUACUGGAUUCAGUUGACUUCAGGAUUAAAAAGAGGACAGUCUUGGUUAUCAUCAUAAACAUAUGAACCAGUGUGAUGGUGAAAUGAGAUGAGGCUCCGAAAUGGAACUGUAGCUACUGUUUUAGCAUUUAUCACUUCGUUCCUGACUUUAUCUUGGUAUACUACGUGGCAAAAUGGGAAAGAAAAACUGAUUGCUUAUCAACGAGAGUUUCUUGCCUUGAAAGAACGUCUUCGAAUAGCUGAACAUAGAAUCUCACAGCGUUCUUCUGAAUUAAAUGCCAUUGUACAACAGUUCAAGCGUGUAGAAGCAGAAACAAAUGGAAGUAAGGAUGCAUUAAAUAAAUUUUCAGAUAAUACCCUAAAGCUAUUAAAGGAGUUAACAAGCAAAAAAUCUCUUCAAGUGCCAAGUAUUUAUUAUCAUUUGCCUCAUUUAUUGCAAAAUGAAAGAAGCCUUCAGCCUGCUCUGCAGAUCGGUAAUGGAAGAACAGGAGUGUCAAUAGUAAUGGGAAUUCCCACAGUGAAGAGAGAAGUUAAAUCUUACCUCAUAGAAACCCUUCAUUCCCUUAUUGAUAAUCUGUAUCCUGAAGAGAAGUUGGACUGUGUUAUAGUCGUCUUCAUAGGAGAGACAGAUACUGAUUAUGUACACAGUGUUGUAGCCAACCUGGAGAAAGAAUUUUCUAAAGAAAUCAGUUCUGGCUUGGUGGAAAUAAUAUCCCCUCCUGAAAGCUAUUAUCCUGACCUGACAAACUUAAAGGAGACUUUUGGAGACUCCAAAGAAAGAGUAAGAUGGAGAACAAAACAGAAUCUAGAUUAUUGUUUUCUAAUGAUGUAUGCUCAGGAAAAGGGGAUAUAUUACAUUCAGCUUGAAGAUGACAUUAUUGUCAAACAGAAUUACUUUAACACUAUAAAAAAUUUUGCACUUCAACUUUCUUCUGAAGAAUGGAUGAUACUAGAGUUCUCCCAGCUGGGCUUCAUUGGUAAAAUGUUUCAAGCACCAGACCUCACCCUGAUUGUGGAAUUCAUAUUUAUGUUCUAUAAGGAGAAACCCAUUGAUUGGCUCUUGGACCAUAUUCUCUGGGUAAAAGUCUGCAACCCUGAGAAAGAUGCAAAACAUUGUGAUAGACAGAAAGCAAAUCUACGAAUUCGCUUCAGACCUUCCCUUUUCCAACAUGUUGGGCUGCAUUCUUCUCUAUCAGGAAAAAUUCAGAAACUCACGGAUAAAGAUUACAUGAAACCAUUACUUCUCAAAAUCCAUGUAAACCCACCUGCGGAGAUAUCUACUUCUUUGAAGGUCUAUCAAGGACAUACACUGGAGAAGACUUACAUGGGGGAGGAUUUCUUCUGGGCUAUAACCCCAGUAGCCGGAGACUACAUCUUGUUCAAAUUUGAUAAGCCAGUCAAUGUAGAAAGUUAUUUGUUCCACAGCGGCAACCAAGAACAUCCAGGAGAUAUUCUGCUAAACACAACUGUGGAAGUUUUGCCUUUUAAGAGUGAAGGUUUGGAAAUAAGCAAAGAAACCAAAGACAAACGAUUAGAAGAUGGUUAUUUCAGAAUAGGAAAAUUUGAGAAUGGUGUUGCCGAAGGAAUGGUGGAUCCCAGUCUAAAUCCCAUUUCAGCCUUUCGACUUUCAGUUAUUCAGAAUUCUGCUGUUUGGGCCAUUCUUAAUGAGAUUCAUAUUAAAAAAGUCACCAACUGAUCAUCUGCUAAGAAACCAGUACAUUUUUUCCCUGUGAAUUUGUUAAUUAAAGAUAGUUAAGCAUGUUCCUUUUUUUUUUUUUUUAACUUGAACACUACCUCUUGUGAAAUCUACUGUAGAUAAGAUGAUUGUCAUUUCCUCUUGGAAAGUGAACUUCCCAUGGAUAAUUGCAUUCAUUCGAACCUAAGCUGUCCUCCAAUCUUAACUUGACUCAAACAUUUUACAGUUACGACAGCCUGUUAAUAUGACUUGUACUAUUUUGGUAUUAUACUAAUACAUAAGAGUUGUACAUAUUGUUACAUUCCUUAAAUUUGAGAAAAAUUAAUGUUACAUACAUUUUAUGAAGGGGGUACUUUUGAAGUUCAUUUAUUUUACUAUUAUAGACCCUCUUUUAUAGAUUAUCAGGGAUUAUAUAUAUAUAAAUAUAUAAAUAUACAUAAAAAUGUUAUGGAGUUAAUUUAUUAGAAACAUUUAAGAAGUACAUAUUUUUGUGCAGUAAAUUUUUGAAUCAAUACUUUUUUUGAAAAGUUACCUUGCUUUUUUAAGUUCUUUCUAUAUUUUUCUUUGGAAAUGCAAACAUUACAAAUUAAUGCCAUUUUUCAAAUGCACUGCCAUUUAAGAAUGAUUCUAGAUUGAUUUCCUAACUGAAGUACUUUUAUAAUUGCAGUGAUUCUGAACAAAAUAUUUUCAAAGGCAUUUGUCAUUCCUUAAAGCCAAGAUUUUAAAGACCAAUGUCCUUCUUGAGGGUUAUUUUACUAUACUGUUUAUGAUGUAAAAAAUCAGUCUGAUAAAUUUUAAUGUGCAGGGGUCAUGCAUUCAACCCAAAUUACCAUGGACUCAACUCAUUACAUUCCCUCUGAUAUGUAAGAUGACAAACUUUUUUCUUUUUAAAUUUGUGUCUUUAAUCCAUGAGUUAGAUGCAUUAUCUCUUGUUCAUCCUUUUAUAUCUGCACCCAUUUAAUGAGUUCUGACGAAGUGUUUUCUAGGUAAUGUUAUUGUAUGAGUCAAAAUCAUUUAAUUUUAAAGAAAAAAUUGUAAUACUGGUUUUUAGGGAGAGGUAUUGUAGCAGUUGUAUGUUUUUGCAAAAUGAUUUAUUCUGUCGGCAUUAUGAACUUACAGGUAAAUUCGUAUCUGAAGAGUGUUGCUCUUAAUCAUGUAAUUCUAAAUGGUAUUACUACUGUCAACAAAAAUACUGUCAGCCUUAGCAAUCAGUGAUCUUUACAAAAGUAUUUGACUUGUAAGAAGUUCCGAAUGAUCAGUGUCAGCUCCCAACCAGUGCGUCGGGGGGCUGCGGGUGGCAGAGGCCUCAGGGGGCCAGAGGUGCCGGCUAGUCACCUCUCGUGUGGAGGAACUGCCCGUGGUUACCCAGGAGGCUGAACAAAGAGCUUCCAGACAGCCUUGUUUUCUGUACAGUGUGACUGAGUGAAAAAUGUUGGGCAACACGGAUAGGGUAUGGUUCUUGCCAUUACUCCUACUGGAAUCAUCGUCACUUUCCUUGAUUAAAAAGUUACACAUUGCCACGAAUAAUUUUUAUGUUCAAGUCUAGUUAAACAUUUUUACUGGUUUUUUAGAUUUACUUUUCACUCUCUUUAAUUGACUUUCUAUUUUGUCCUCACGUUUCCCUGGCCUGAUGCCCACAGGCCAAUUUCAUUUGAAAAGAAUAACCUUUCAUUAUGAAACUUUGGCAGCUGUUGAACAUCCUGACUGCUGGAACAACCAAGUAUCAGGAGGGGAAGCUCUGGGGCGGGUCGAGAAGUCCUCUCAUUUCCCCGCUUCCAUAGUAGCCCACUCUGAUUUUGGGGAGAAGAACCCCACACUGAAGAUCAGGGAAGUGAGUUACUGCAGCUCCUCGCCCUUAGUUAUGGCUGCUGGGUCUUGACACUGGUGAGCCAUCCUGGCCGGCUUCUUCCUGUUCUGCUCAGUCUUCCCUCCCAGACUUAGCUCACCCUUCCCGUUCUGUGGAUACUUUGAGCCACAUCUCAUCCAUCUUUCACAAACUCUCUCGUGCACUCCUCCCCAUGAAUUGUUACCAGUGCCUAGUCCUGCCAGGAAUAGUGCCUGGCACGUGGCAGGUCCCCAGUCCGGGUCUGGACGAGGGGACCAACUGUUCCAGCCCACACUCCUCUUUCUUUUUAACUCCCUUUACCUAUGUUCCGUGCCACAGACUUACAUACACGCUCAGCUCUCGAGCUUUUGGUUGUUCCUGGCGAGUGUGUGUGUAUGGGUGUGCACACAUUCUCCCACCUACCAGGCUUCCAGCUCCUGGGGGCAGGCCUGUAACUCAUCCUUCCUGUCCUCUGGUGCAGCAGGUGUUCCGAUCAUCUCGUUGUUGGUCUCUGCCUGCCCCCCCUUCCUCCUCAGACCGUUAGAAACAGCCAUGCUUUCCUCAAGCGUCACUGCAGUGGUAGCCCUUGAGAGUAGUUGGCGAGUCAAGUCUGGGACCGAACAUUAGAGGAGGUGAAGAGUACCUGGGACUGAGGGAAGGAUAUACUUGGCCUCGAGAGGACACUGAACCACUUUUAUCAGAGUAGUGAGUGGAGACAGUGUCCACUGAUGUCCAGUAUUUAAUAUAGAGAGAAAUGGAAUCUGGUUUGCAUCUGGUAUGUAUUUCACAUGAACGGUCAGACUCUCGAGCUGCGCUG